AUGAUUCCUGAACAUUUAGUUAAAGAAGAUUACAAUAAAGUUAUUAAGGUUAGUGCUCUCAAGGUUGAGAAUAAGCAAAUUAAUGAAGUUAUGAAUGGAGUCAAAGAUUAGUUCUUAGAUAUAUAAAAUGUCAAAAGAAUUGUUCCAUUUAAAAAUGAGAAGGGAGUUGACAAUAAUUUAAAACUCAUUCUAUUGCAAGAAUGCUUGAAGAAAGAUUCUUUUGAUUCAAAAUGGCCAGAAGCCUUAAAAAAAAAGGUUUAAGACUUUGGAUUAGAAAUUGUAGAUUAUGAAGUAAAUAUCGGAUUCGAUAACAUUCCUGUCAAUGAAAUUUUAGAAAAAAUAAUACCUGCUGAAAUUGGAGUACCUACUGGAUAUGAAACUGUAGGUCACAUUGCUCACUUUAACUUAAAACCAUAGUAAUACCCCUAUAAGCAUUUGAUUGGUCAAGUAAUAAUUGAAAAGUUUAAAAAUAUAAAGACUGUAGUUAAUAAAUUAGAUAAAUUACACAAUGUAUACAGAACUCCUGAGUUAGAAAUUAUGGCAGGAGAAAAUAAACUUGAAACUGAACAUAAAGAAGAUAAAUGUAUUUUUAAGUUAGACUUUGAAAAAGUAUACUUUUGCAGUAGACUUUAAACUGAAAGAGAUAGAGUAUUGAAACUUAUUAAGCCUAACGAAACAGUAUUGGAUCUUUUUUGUGGUGUUGGACCAUUAGCAAUCAGAGCUGCUAAAAUGGGAUGCAAGGUUAUCUGCAACGAUCUUAAUCCUCACUGCUAUGAUUAUUUACUAAUCAAUAGAGAAAAAAAUAACGUUGAAGAUAAAACUUUAUGCUUUAAUAAUGAUGCUCGUAAAGUAGUCGAUAUCUUAGUUAGUAAAGAAGAAUAUAAAAAAUAUCCUUCUGAAUUCCAUCAUUUUGAUCAUGUUUACAUGAAUUUACCUGUUGACAAUAUUGAGUUUUGUGAUGUAUUCUAAGGUUUGCUUAAAAAGGGUAGCCCAGAAGUUUGGAAUGAAAAUAAUCUACCAAUGAUCCAUGCAACAGGAUUUGUUUCUGGAGAAGAAGAAGACGAAUGUAAAUAGCUAAUUGAAGAGAGAGCUAAAUAAAUUCUUCCUCAUUUCAAGAAAGAGCAUAUUGAACAUUUUAAUAUCAUCAAAAAUGUUACUGCAACCAAAAAAAUGUUUUGUAUUUCAUUUAAAUUAAGCGUAGAAGAUGCCAACGAUGAGCCUUCUAAAGGCUAUACAUAUGUAACUCCUGAAAGAGAAGCAGAGUCAUAUCCCAUUGUCAAGGACUUUGGCAAAAAUGCAACCAAAAAAAUUAAAAAAGAUUGA